AUGGCUCAGGUGACAAGCCAUAUUAAUGUGGGGUUGGAGGAGCCUGUAGAGACAGGAGGUGAUGCAGGUGGGAAGGAAACAUCUAUCAAGCUGAGAGAUGAAUGGAGAGGAGAUAAAUUUACGUGGAGCAAUGGACAUGGGGAUGACACUUUCACAAAAGAAAGGCUGGAUAGAGUGGUUGCAAAUAAGAGGUGGAUUGAAGCACAGAAGGAAAUCAGUGUACAGAUUUUAGUGUUUAGAAGCUCUGAUCACAGACCUGUUUUACUAAGCUUCUCUCAAACAAACAAGUUCUUUUUUCAGAGCCAUAGAAUUUUCAAGUAUGAAGCAUGGUGGGCCUCAGAAACAGAAUGUGAGAAGGUGGUUAAGGAAGGGUGGCAGCAACCAACAAGGGGGAGUGGACCUUCUGAGAUACUAAAAGGGUCAAUAAGAAGUUGUACUGAUGGCUUGAAGAGGUGGAGUAGAGCACUAAAAAGGAAUUUGAGGCAAGAAAUUACUGUAAAAACUAAGGUUUUAAAGACUUUACAGAAAGAUGAAGGCAAUCACAAUGUAAAGGAAAUUAGAGAGGUUCAAAAGGAGCUAGAAUGUUUGCUGGAUAAAGAGGAUUUAAAGUGGAAGUAG